AUGAUUAUCUCUACUGCAAAGCUACAUCGUGAAAACAUUGCAUCGUUGCCGGUAACCUUGCCGGCCGAACUUAUAGCCGAGGUUCUAUCCUCACUUAAAGUGAAAUCACUUGUGAGAUUCAAGUGUGUGAAUAAGUCAUGGAACUCGCUUAUCUCCGAUCCAUUCUUCGUUAAAAUGCAUCUCAUCAAAUCUUCACAAAACUCGUACGUGAUUCUUUCCUUCUCGAGUACUUCAAGUAUUGCCCUACUCAACCCCUUCCUCAUACGUAGUUUGCUGGAGAAUCCCUCAAUCAAUAUCAUCAAUCAUGCUUCUAAAUACAAGCUGACCCAAAGGAACUCUCAAAUUAUUGGUUCCUGCAAUGGAUUAAUCUGUUUGGUCCGUUCUUAUUACAAGACUGAAUUACAUCUAUGGAACCCUGCAGCUGAAUUCUACCUAUGGAACCCAGCAACCAGGUGGUUGUCUCAAAAACUAGCCUCUUUUCACCAUUUUUCCUGCUGGGAUCUAGAUUCCUGCUUUAAGUUCUCAUUUGGUUAUGAUAAUUUAACCGACAAAUAUAAGUUGGUGGCCUUCCAUCUCAAUGAAGUUAGAAUUCUCACUUUCGGUGAUAUUGUUUGGAGAAAUAUUCAAUGUUUUCCUGCCAAUCCUUAUGAGUAUAAUUCCAACCAUACCAAUGCUGGUGUCUAUUUGAGUAAUAGUCUUAACUGGUUUGCCCUUCGUGAUAACAUCCGACCUAACUAUUAUGGUUGUAAAUAUCUUAGUGUUCAACAAUUUGUAAUUAUCUCACUUGAUUUGAGAAUAGAGACCUACACAGAGCUUCAGCUUCAGUUCCCCCGAGGUUUUGAUCAAGUGCUAGUUGUUCCCCCAAUUGUUUGGGUGCUGAUGGAAUGUCUUUGUUUUUCUCACUAUUCUACCGGGUUUAAUUUUGUUAUAUGGCAGAUGAAAGAAUUUGGAGUAGAAGAGUCUUGGACAAAAUUGCUUAAAUUUGAUUAUCAUAAUAUACUUCACAGUGAUUCCUAUGAAGUUGUUAGUUUGUUGCCAUUAUAUGUUUUUGAGAAUGAAGAUAUGCUGAUAUUCUCUCCCAAUCUCAAACAACUAAUUUGCUAUAAUUGGAGAGAAAAUAGAGUAGUAAGGCAAGCUACCGUUACAGAUAGCACAUUCAUGCGUUUGUGUACUGCCAAUCAAUAUGUUGAAAGUUUGGUUUCGAUGUAUUGA